AUGGAUGUGAAUAUGGGCAGCGAGAAACUGUCGCCGACAGUUAUCCGACACAAGUUUUCGAUUGAAAUGUCCAAAGUCUACAGAAACGAGGUGCCCUUGUAUUCCGAUCUCCUCGAGCUUGUGACAAAUGUCAAUGAAGCCUUUCUUGAUUCUCAUCCCGCCCUCCGCGAGACCAUGCGACAAACGAAGCAACUUGAGAGGCUACAAUACGAAAGGCACGGUGCAAUCAGACUCGGUACCGCCGAGGAGAUGAAGGCAAUGGCACGAUUCCUGGCCGUGAUGGGUAUGCAACCAGUGGGCUACUACGAUCUCGCACAACCGCCAGCACAUUUGCCGAUACAUGCGACAUGUUUCCGAUGCACCGAUCUCGAGUCCUUGUCAGUCAAUCCAUUCAGACUAUUUGUUUCUGUCUUGCGUCCAGAGUGUAUAUCCGUGAAACUCCGGUCCAAGGCUCUCGAGAUCCUGUCCCGACGUCAAAUAUUUUCCGACCAAUGUCUCGAGCUCGUCUCUCUCGCCGAAAGCACGGGCGGUCUUACUGCCAAUCAAGCGGAUCAGUUCAUUGCCGAAGGAAUCGAGACGUUCAAGUGGCGAGGCUCAGCUACCGUGUCCCUCUCUGAAUAUCAAGAACUCCAGGAAGAGAAUCCGUUGCUAGCAGACAUUGUGGCUUUUCCAGGUCCUCACAUCAAUCACUUGACUCCCCGGACACUAGAUAUCGAUGAGGUUCAACUUCAAAUGGAAAAGCAAGGAAUACCACUAAAAGAAAUCAUCGAAGGACCUCCAGCCAGGAACUGUCCCAUCCUCCUGAGACAGACCAGCUUCAAAGCUCUAAAAGAGGGCGUCUUCUUUCCCGUCAGCCUAGAUCAAAGCGGAUCACAGAACGGCAUGGUCCUUGGAAGUCAUACAGCCCGUUUUGGCGAGAUUGAACAGCGUGGAGUCGCCCUGACUGAAAAGGGCCGAGCGCUCUAUGACCACCUUGUGAAUGAGGCUUGGAAGAAUGGCGUGACGCCACAAGAUCCCGAAGCAUACACCGACCUCUUUCGCGCAUUUCCUGAUACUUGGGAGGAGCUACGGCAAUACGGUCUAGCGUGGUUCAGAUAUUACGUGUCGACAGACAAGGCCGACUUGAAUGAUGACAGGUUCAACAUGACGGUGGACGACCUGAUCCAGCAAGGAUCGAUAUGCUAUGAGCCCAUGACAUAUGAAGACUUUCUGCCACUCAGCGCUGCGGGCAUUUUUCGCAGCAAUCUUCGCAAGACAUCGUCGCAAGACGAUAGCUCCGGCCAGGAAGAUAUGAGUGGUGCUAGCCGGGAUGCAUUGCAAGCGUCAUUGGGCAUGCCAAUCCUAGACGAAAUUCAAACAUACGAAAAACUCCAAAAGGAAAGUCUCAUCGGAUGCAAGAAAUAUUUUGGCAUUCCAUUGGGAGUUGAGCAUAAUUGA